UACCUCCUACUGGCAGCACGUGAAAUUCGACCUGAUAUCUAUGUUUUCGCCGAAUUAUUUACUGGUUCUGAAGAAAGCGACAAUAUGUUUGUGAAUCGCUUGGGUAUUUCGUCGCUUAUAAGAGAAGCCCAAGCAGCAUACGAUAGUCAUGAGCAAGGAAGACUAGUGUACAAAUACGGUGGCGACGUCGUGGGAGCAAUGAUCCAGAAACCAGUACGACCUGCACCGCAAUCAGUUGCACAUGCCAUUUUCCUUGAUCAAAGUCAUGAUAACCCAUGUCCUAUUGAGUCUCGAUCGGUGUACGAUUUGUUGCCUACUGCAGCUAUGGUCUCAAUGGCAUCAUGUGCUUCCGGUUCGGUUCGGGGCUACGAUGAACUUGUCAGACAUCAGGUCAGUAGCUAUUGA